GAAUGGACAUGGGGCUUUGAUCUAAGCCAGUCCCAUUCAGCAGCCCCGUGCGCUACCUCUUUGAUUGGGUGAUAUUUUUGAAAUGUAGGUCCCCAGGCCACAUGGGAGAUACCACUAAAUUUGUUCCAGGAGAAUCUGUAGCUGAUCUCAAGGACAUCAGAGAUUCCAAAUAGGUCUACUAGAAGGUAUAAUACCUAUUAAUGCCAGUCACAUGUUAUUUGGGCAUUUGGAAGGUGUCACUCGGGAUGAAACUGAAGAUAUUAAUCAUUAUGCUUGCGCUUACUCCAAUCUGUCGGAAAUAUUACUUCCUGAUGCACGCAGUCUGAGGAAAGGCGCCGGGACUAGCUCAUGGCAGAGCUCAAGUAGGGAAACGGACUUCGCAUCAAACUACAACGGAACGGGAAACCGAGAUUUGAAUCCAGUUUUUUUGCCAUCUCCCCAAACAGUCUGAACUUGUUCUUUUACUUAGUUGCUCUUUUUCAUCUCCGAAAAUGAUGAAGGCUGAGAGUAAAAACGACCGAUCCCUGAGGAGCGCUUCCCCUCACAGAAACGCGUACAAAUCGGACUUUCAUGCGAUUAAAUGUUCUUUUGACGGAGCGAAACCCGACAGGGCUAACAAGUCCUACGCAAAUGGCUCUAGCGAAACUCGCGAAGACACCAGGGGGAGAUCAUUCGGAAACAGAGUCCAUAAAAUAAAGAACAUAUUCCUUCAGAUGGAUGGGCAGCAGCAGGAAGUCCAAGAAGCAAAAGUGCCGUUAAAAAGUGACAUGUCCCAGGUUUCUCCACCUAAGUUGCAGCUUGCAGGUAGCACACAGAAAACGGGUCUGGGUAGUGUCGCCAGCCCAGAGUCCCUGGCUUCAGACAAAACCACCAAGGGGGAAGAUGUCGAGAUUGACAAAUUUGCUCUGGCUGAGAAGUUUUCUGUGACCAGGAAGCUGUUUGAGAGAGGCAGUAAGGACCCGCCACCCACAGAGAAAUAUUCCCUAAACAAGGUGGUGGGCCGGCCCUCACUGGGCAGCAUGUCUGAUGAGGCAAAGAGUCCUAGGAGGUCUUUUGGCUCCUUGGAGGGUAAUGUUGAUGGCAAUAAACUGGAGCAGAGCACCACGGCACCGAGCAAAGGUAUGACGGAGGAAAAGGACAGUGGGGAGGAAGCGAAGCAGGUGACGAGGUCACCCCUAAAUGCGGGACCUAUUUCCAGGAGGCUGGAGAACUUCAUGGUGGACAGUGACAAUGAGGAAUCAAACCACAGGGUGUCUGGUAGGGGACCAGAUAGCCCCCUCAAGAUGAAAAAUGCCUCUGAGCGUUCAUUGCCUUCAGUCCCAUCUAGCGAUGGGUCUCCGAAGAGGACCUCCCCCGGUGCUGGCAGCCCCCUUAGAAGCCCCCCUCUGCUAAAUGAUGUUUUUUGUAAAUCUGUUGCAUCCCCUGUUGGGUUCAAGCCUUGUAGUCCACCAACAUCCCCCACUGCAGCCAAGGCUUCUAGUCCCAUAUCUGACCGUUCAGACCAAGCUCUGGAUGGGCACAUUGCCCAGAGCCCCACUAGGCAAAAGCCACAGGGACAGGCCUCUUUAGUGGAUCCAGCCGGUCAGGGAACAGUCCGGGCAGAGCUAGUGGUUGUCCAGAACGAGUCAUCCGAGAGCGACGAGAUUGAAGAUGAUGUGUUUGAGGAUCAAAAAGAAGAGCGGCCAAAGGAGCAAAGGACAGACUCCUCAAAAGGGAGUCCCUGUGAGGCACCUGUAAAACCUCCUUCAACAGUGGAGACCAGCGGGGAGCUGGCAGCUAUGCAGGUGAGGCACGUGGCACAGGAGAAGAAGGUUGGAGUUGGUGGCCAGCUUCCGGGGUCAGGGUGGGGAGCAGAGAGCCGGGUGCUGCCUGAAUCACCUGGUCAGAAGGUGGACUGCAGGGAGCUGGGGGAGCACAGGAAGGAGGAGAUCGAGCCGGAGGAGCCGGCUGACCGCAGCUUAAAGGAGGGAGGGUCACCCGUCAUUUACGGGAUCGAGAACGCAGCCUUUGUUGACGACCGGGACACGGACCAGGAGCACCAUGAGGAGGACGAGCCCACAGAGGAGUACGAGGAGGUGCCAGGCCUGUCUGAUGAGGAGGAGCAGUGUCGUCAGAGGAAGAUCAAGUUCUCUACUGCACCGAUUCGGGUGUACAGUACGUACUCCAAUGAGGACUAUGACCGGCGCAAUGACGAGGUGGACCCUGUGGCGGCAUCCGCCGAGUAUGAGCUUGAGAAGAGGGUGGAGAAGAUGGACGUGUUUCCUGUGGAGAUCGUAAAAGGGGACAAAGGCCUUGGUAUCAGCAUCAUUGGAAUGGGCGUGGGGGCAGACCAAGGCCUGGAGAAACUGGGAAUCUUUGUCAAGACCAUAACAGAUGGUGGGGCAGCAGAGAAGGAUGGACGGAUCCAGGUCAAUGACCAGAUCGUGGAAGUGGAUGGCAUCAGCCUGGUUGGGGUCACGCAGUUCUUCGCCGCUACAGUCCUGAAGAACACCAAAGGCACAGUGAACUUCCUGAUUGGGCGGGAGAAGCCAGGGACGCAGAGUGAGGUGGCCCGCCUCAUCAGUGAAACCCUGGAGCAGGAGAGGAACCAGCAGAUGCACCUAGAAGAUCUCUAUGAGCAGUCUACAGAAGAAGAUGAACACUAUGAUGAUGAAGAUGCUGAUGAGGUCGUGCACUCCAGCUUCUCAGGAAGGACAGCAGAAGUGUUUGACCUCCCUGAGAAUGAGGACAUGUUUCUGCCCUCCAACAUGGAUUCCACUCAGCUGGGGUUCAGGUUCAAGGAGCUUCAGCUAAAGCACAGCAUAACCACAGCUGAGCUCAUCCAAGUGAAGCAGAGGCUGAGGAUUUCGGAGGAACAGCAAGCGGCACAGGACUCCAGGCAAGCACAGCUGGAGCAGGACUUGGAGAAGAGCAAGGAGAGGAUCCAGAAGCUGGAGGAGUACUGGCUCGAGGCUCAGGCGCUGUGCAAGACGACCAACGAGAGCCUGAUGGAGAGCCAGAGUCAGUUUGAGGCUCUGGAGAAGAAGUACAACAAGGCUAAGAAACUGCUCAAGGAUUACCAGCAGAAGGAGAUUGAUUUUGUGAAGAAGGAGGAGGAGCUUAAGAGAGCCCUGGAUGAGAAGGAGAAGCAUCACAAGGAGGAGUUGGACAGACUUCUGGAGCAGAUAGCGGGACUUGAGGCCAGAGCACCCACGGAGCACAUUCCGGAAGGUGUGGAAGAGAGCAAAAGCAGCUCGGAACUGGGAGACUCUGUUAGCAAAGCACAAUCCACUGACACCCUGCAGUCUGAUGCGGACUGGAAUGACCUGGUUCCAGUGACGGAGAGGCUGGACACCAGUGCCCACCGAGCCCGAGCCCAGCUUUCCCAGAAGGCCAAACGGCAGCCUCCCUCUCGCAGCAAGCUAAGAGCGUCAUUCACGUCUUCAACCACGCCGGCACAGGAGGAUGGUUCGGAGGAGGCCCCUGCUCCACCCAGAAGGAGGCGUUCGAUCCAGGAGAGCCUGUCGCUACCUGUAGCCAUGCACUGCCCCGGGAACGGACAGAAGGAGGAGACACAGGAGGCGGUGGAGUAUGCAGGGAGCAGGAGCGAACUCUCUAGCACCCCCUCACUGCUGGGUGAGGGACUGCACCUGAGAGCCAGCAGCGAGAGCAGCCCCAGUCUGUCGCCCCCCCAGGACGCGGCCUCCCCACAUGCCGGCUUCCUUUCGAGUGUCAAGAAGGGCAAGGGCAAGGACACCAAAGAAGAGGUGAGCGAUAGCUCCUCUACAGGGAAACCAAAGAGAAGAUUCCCAGAUUUUGGAGGCCUUCGGAAAUCUGGUGGGAAAGGGAAGAAACAGGACAAAGAGGCUCUGAGGGCAUCCAUUGGGAGCAGGGGAUCUGCCGACUUGCUGGAGGAAUCUGGCGGGAACCUUUCGCCGGCAGGAUCUGUGUCCUCCAUUCCUACCUGCAUGCCUUUCUCCUGGUUCGGGGACAAAGAUAAGGAAAGGGAAGACGACCUGCCUUAUAUUCCCGUGGAGUCCGGCAGCGAACUGAGCCAGGACCGGAAGAUCAAGAGUUUGUCUGUCAUAGACGAUUCAAACGCUGAAAGUCGCAGUUCAGACUUGACUGGGCUAGUUGCAGAGCCCAGUUUUUCUGGGCGCUCGCACACUUUAAGCUUCUCUUCCAAUGAGACUCUGGAUGAUGACCCACCCCCCCCGGGCAAGGAGCACCAAUGGCAGAACAGGCUCAUUUCCGAUUGGACGAAUAAGCAGGUCUGCCUCUGGCUGAUAAGCAUGAACAUGGAGCAGUACACCCCCGAGUUCACGGGCAGGGACAUCGACGGGCAGCAACUCCUGCACAUGGACAGUGACAGGCUCAAGGCCUUGGGCGUCUCGAGUCAGAGCGACCGCGCCUCUAUCAAGAAGAGGGUGAAGGACAUGAGGAAGACCCUGGAGAAGAUGGAGAAGCAGCGGGAGAAGGAGGCGAGGCGGAGCGGGAAGCUGGCCGCCAGCGGCGACAUGCAGUGUUGAGACUCAACGGCGACGAGUCAAAGCACUGAUUCUGCGAGUUUCCCGCUGUCCUCCCCUUCAGGUUAAGCUGCUGCAUAACACGCCUGCAUAACACAUUUUCACAUUCCACUUCUGAUUGGUCAGAACUGGAACCAUGCACCGUUGGGUGCCCAAUCGGUAACGUAUCUUUUACUAGGUUUCCUUUAUCCAGUUUAGGAACAAUCAAUGAACUGGUCAUGAAUACUGUAAGCUGGGAUUAGCAUGAGUUCUGCUAUACAUCCUCACACUUGAGUACUAGUCGGCUAACCUGCAGAUGCCCCGAACUGGUGGCAUUUCGGACUUGGUCCAGAGCUGAGACACAAACAAAGCAUCACGUGUCCUGUGAUCUGCUGCAUCUGUCGCUCCCCCCCCCCCCCCACUCAGACUACCACACUAUUCAUCUGCCGCUCACUUAACACGCUUGCUUACGAAACCACUUCACGCUCUGUACUUGCAUGCAACAGGAGUGCGGUGACAGCGGUUCUCCUGCAGGGGGUGGGAGAAUAGGCUUCUGUAAGUAUGGUAGAGCCAGUCUUUCCUGCCUGAAUCAAAGGUGUCGGGUUGUGUAAAUGUUGGUUUAUCGAGGGGAAGGUGCUUCACGUUUUUAAAGGUAAAUCAGGCAACCAUGAGAUGCAUAAGUUUAACAUCAGGACGAUUUUAAUGUUUUACUUCACUCCAAGGUUGGGAAAAAUGAUACCUCAUUCCUGAAAGCUUCGCAGGGUUAGCUGACGUGUCCCCAUCUGCAUCAGUGCUGAGUAAAUACAGCUUUUUAAAUGUUUUAUAUUGUAUUUUUCAAGGAAUAACUUCUGUAGCUAUGUACAGAACUUUUGGUACAGGAAUUUUGUACAGUUAUUAAAAGCACUGUUGUCUUUUAAACUAUGAAGGGUGAUGAGGUUUUGCUGUAUAAUACUUUUUUAUACUUAUUGGCCUAAUAACUGCAUAACUCAAAAGGGGAAAAAAACUUUGUAUCAGCAAAGUAGGGAUCAACAUUUAAGUGUACAUUUUCUACUGCGUAGAAUAGCUAGUAGUACCAGAUAAUUUUUAAAUACAAAAAAUGCGUUUACAGGGUCUUGCUGCUUUCCCCACUAAUAGUACAGAGCUGUGGAUUGGGGAUAAAAUGAUUACCUGUAGUCCAGUUUUUUAAUUGGUAUAAUGGUACCCAAGAACGCACUUCUUUGUAAGAGUCCUUUGCUUGUACAUGCCUUGCCUUGACAGAGAUUGGAUGUAAAGCCUUCUGUGGUAUAUCAUGUGAACCUUCCUGACAUUCCUCAUUGGCCAAUGCUGGUCACAUGACGGGCCUGACUGCAAAUGACAUUGCUAAGAUUUCCUUUCCUGUCUUGUAUCACUUGAUUAAAUGGAUUAUUGGACAUUAAUAUGACAUUUAGACAAAGGGAAAUUUUAGUUCGAUCCCUCCUGCAAGUUCUGCAAAUACCACCAGGAUCAUUUUUCCCUGUUUGUUGUAUAUGGUAGAACAAAUAAAACUGCAACUGGUGUUCAGUA